GCACUCUCCGAAAUCAAUACCCUAUAUUGCACGUACCCACAAUUCCUGAAACAACUAUGGCUGCAAGUAACUUCCGUCUGGUUCUUCUAACUCGGUAAAAAGAUAAUCAUUCCUCUGUAGAAGGAUGCACUAAUAUUUGAGGUCUACUUUAUCAGUGACAUUUUGUAUCUGGACCUUUGCGGUGACAAUGGAGGCAGCGGGGGGCCAGCCCAGGCAUCAGGGCCAUCAGAGCCAGCAAGGCCACCAGGGACAGUUCUUUCAUCAGCCGAGAUUACCAUAUUACCAAAUCAAGCCAAACUAUUACAAUAAUCACCAUCGCAGACAGCAUAGCCAUCACAGACAUCAGGAGCAUGUACCAACAAAUGCGACAACUUUUGACCAGAAGAGGAUGAAAAAUACCCUGCAACGGAGAACGGUCGAUUACAAUACUUCAGUCAUCAGAUAUCUCCAGGCAAGGAUUUGGCAACGGGACUACAAAGACGCAAGGAUGAUACAGCCAGAUCACUCAUAUAUAGGAAAUCUGAGUUUACCUCAUCAGAUGUUGGACAACCCUAUUAAUGCAGUAACAACUCGAUUUGUAAGGACAUCAACCAAUAAGGUCCGAUGCCCAAUAUUCUGUGUUGUGUGGACCCCUGAAGGAAGGAGACUGGUUACUGGAGCAUCCAGCGGAGAGUUUACUUUGUGGAACGGGCUUACCUUUAAUUUUGAAACCAUUCUUCAGGCCCAUGAGUGUGCUGUCAGAACGAUGACGUGGAGUCGCAAUGACAUGUGGCUGCUGACGGGAGACGACCAGGGUUUCAUCAAGUAUUGGCAGUCCAACAUGAACAACGUGCAGAUGUACCAGGCCCAUAAAGACCAGGCUGUACGAUGCGCAAGCUUUGCACCGUCAGAUUCCAAGUUCUGCACAUGCUCAGACGAUGGGACCGUUCGUAUCUGGGACUUUCUCCGCUGUCACGAAGAGAAGAUCCUUAGAGGUCAUGGUGCCGAUGUCCGUUGCGUCGACUGGCAUCCUAGCAAAGGCAUCGUCGUAUCCGGCAGCAAGGACUCCCAGCAACCGGUCAAACUCUGGGACCCUCGAACAGGGGAAGCACUGUGCACCCUCCAUGCUCACAAGUCGACAGUCAUGUCAGCAAAGUGGAACAUGAAUGGCAACUGGCUUCUCACAGCAUCUAGGGAUCAUCUGGUCAAGCUAUUCGAUAUCCGCAUGAUGAAGGAGUUAUUCACAUUCAGGGGCCAUAAGAAAGAAGCUACAGCCAUAGCAUGGCAUCCCAUACAUGAAGACAUGUUUGUAUCUGGUGGCUCGGAUGGUGGCAUCCUCUUCUGGCAAGUAGGGCAUGACAAGGAGAUUGGUGGUAUUGAAGAGGCACACGAAUCUAUCAUAUGGGGUUUGGCUUGGCAUCCAUUAGGCCACAUGCUGUGCUCAGGAUCCAACGAUCAUUCAACGAAAUUCUGGACAAGAAACAGGCCUGGUGAUAGGAUGCGAGACAGGUAUAAUCUGAACACUCUACCCAUCGGAACAUCUGAAGACCUGUUGGAGUUUGAUGAUGACACAACCUCAUUGCCAGUUAUUCCCGGGAUGGGAUUAGAAUAUGGUGUUGCAGACCAUCUCAAGAAAGAUGAACAAGUUCCCAUGCAAACAACAGAGGAGAACCUAGACACCUCCAUCCCUGGUCUUGAUUCGUCCAUCGAAGAGCUAGAGAAACUGAAACCCAAACCCCAGCGCAAGGUCCCCUACGCCAGGCCAGUCCCACAGAACUUCCUUGAUGAAUGGGAGGCCAACAAGGCACCGGGCGUGGCACCAAACAUCGAGGAAGAGAAACGGAAGAGGAAAGAGGAAGAGGAGAAGAAGAAACAGGAGGAGGAGAGGAAGAGAAUCGAGGAAGAGGCAAAGAGAAGAGCUGAGGAAGAAAAAAAGAGGAAGGAGACAGAAUUAAAGAUGAAAAUGGAGAGACCAGAGAAUUAUGGCCUAGUCGGCGUUCCAGACUUUGGAGGUAAUCCCAUAGAGGUCAUCAAGUUUAUUGCCAGGACACAGGGACCUAAAGCAGCUGAACAAGCUCUGGUCAAUUCAAUCCACUCAAACCUCCCCUCAGGUACUGUGUUACCCAUCAUCAAACCAAAUGUUAAUCCAAUCACUGUCCUACUUCAAGAAGGCCACAUCCCUCCGCACUUCGCCAAGCAACUGAGGGCUGGAGGUCUCCUGCCAUUUGAAGCAGUAAGAUGGCUUGACAUGAAGGAGGGAAAAACGGAAAAGCCUCUGCCAGCUCACCUAGCCAAGCUGCCCAUUGCCGUUCCACCAACCAAAAAGGCCAAGGUUGCCAACACUCCUGACAAACCAGCGAAAACGAAAAAGGAAAAAGAAACGUCCAAGGCUGCAAAGGCACCUUCUCCUGAAGGGGAUUCCACUCCUAAGAAUGGGACAGAUAGUAAAGGUCUGCUAGGAGUGAAGCCGUCAAGUGCAGGACCAAAACCAUCAGGUGCUGGUUUGUUGCCAGAUCCUGGUAAAAGUGGAGGUUUGUUGCCUGAGCCAGCAGGCACUCCGAGUACAAAGCCAAAACCCACACCACUUAUGCAGGUGCAACCAACGGAAGCAUUACUGCCUGAACCGCAACCAACAGAAGGAACGGGUGAUGUUGAUAUGAGACAAGCCCCUCGCCAUGGGGAUGUUGAUAUGAGACAAGGACCAAUGGGUGGAUCAUCAGCCCCACCGCUAGAACCGAGGAGUGGCCCCAUGAGUGGACCUCAAAUAAGACCAGGACCACCCGUGCAGGAGAUGCAGCGGAGAAAUGGACCUGUUAUGAGACAAUCUGAAGGCUUUGGACAGGACCGCGAUGAGCGAAUUCCAAGUGCAGGACAUGGGGAUGUUGAUUUGCGGCAAGAGCCUCAGCACUUAGAAAACAUGGGAGACAGAGACCUCCGGCAAGGUCCUCCGCAGCAUUUUAAUGGGCCCAGUAGUGAUCCUUUUGAUCAACAAAUGCCCAUGCAUGAUGUGGACAAUCGUAGGUUUCCUCCAACAAACCCCGAGGAUGAUACACUCCCUGGGCUUGGUGCAGAAGACCAAGACCUACGUAACAAACCUGUUCCUUUGAUGUCAAUUGGAAACCCCAUGUCAAGAACUCAAGAACCUCAGGAUACAGAUUUUAGACAUCCAAACCCCGGUGAAUACAGAAACCCUGCCAGAGAUUUCGAUGAGAGACAACUCCCAAUAAUGGAUCAUGAGGAAUUCCCACCUUUGCCUCACCGGAAGCGACCGUGGGAAGAAGAGGAAAUGGGUGGGCAGGAAGAUCCAACACUUUGGGAAGAGAAUCCUGAAGAGAUGGAGGAAGGACCAGGGUUUAGAGGUCGUGGUGGAUGGGGUAGGGGGAUGAGAGGACGUGGAGGAUUUAGACCGGAUAUGGGAAGGGGUGGCUUCAGGGGUAGGGGUCGAGGCUGGGGAAGAGGAAGGGGUAGGGGGAGGGGAAUGUGGUAGGAUGGUACUAAUGUAAAAUUCCAUACUUUCUUUUCAUGAUGCAAGUUUCUUUACUGGCUAUGGCAUCAGGGCUCCCUUAUUUCUGAAUAUUUUUGUUCUUUUUGUUGACUUGUCACUUCUAAUGAAAAUGAACAAAUGCUCCCUGACUUCAACAUUGUUCAUAUUCUACAUCUACAAAUCUCAUUGACACGUAUAUGUAAGUUUUAUCACAGGAGGUUACAGGCCCAAGUUAUUGGGCCUGUAAAAUUAUCAAAAUUAUUUUGACUUUGUUUUGGAUAUAUUAUAGAUGUAAAAUUUUGAGGCAAGAAGGUCCUGGGAAUGUUCAAUUCAUGCUGGCACAAUAUAUUGGACAUUGAUAGACUUUACAAAGGACAGGUUGCCAAGAUUUUAUAAACUUCAAAAUAGACCAACCAAAUUAAUAUAUGAGUCCAAUUAUUAUGAACUAUAAAUACAAGAUCUUCUGAUAAUCUUUUAUUUGUGAAAUUUCAGACUAAAAUUAGCCUGACUUAAAUGUAGCAUUUACUUUUAUUUUCAGCUCCUGUUUACAUAUUUAUUUUUUUUACACUGAAGAAUGAAAUUAUUUGCAUUUUUUCAGCCCUUCUUUUCUUCUGAUUGAUAUCCAACCAAAUCAGAAAUAUGCAUUUAAAACUUGCAAAUGCAUUGGAACGUAACUAUUCCUACAAUGGGCCCCUCGUGUAGAUUUUUUUUUAACGUUCUUAUCUCAUUUUCCAUGACAAUACUUCUCUUGGCCAAUCAGAUGCAACAAUUUUGGUAGCUUCAUAUCAUUUGUCGGUGAACAGUAAUGACAAGAUGCUUCAUGACAUUCUCCCUUGCCCUUGGUAAUAAAGUAUAAAGGUCCUGUCACAUUGUUCCGUGCAAGCAUUCCGUUUGGCUUACGCAUGACUAUUUUUGCUACAUUGACAGUAUCUUGCACUAUCUCAGAAUCAGACG